GUACCAGAUUUGCCGUCGCGAUCGAACGCGACAACGGCUUUGGAUCCCAAACACGGUUCCUAACGGCUAAAAAAGACACGUGGCAUCCUCAGAAAAAUGAUGGCGUCAUCCACGUACGUUGUCCUUUUCCUUUUUUGCUAAAAGUAGCAAUUAAAAUACAGAACAUGGAGAGCUAUGGCAUCCCUAGAGGAGAGAGGAAAAAAAAUAAAGAAGACAAAGAAAAUAAAGACAGAGAACGAAAGAGAGAGAGAGAGAGAGGAAAUUUGAAGUCUUCUUUUUUUUUUCUUUUUCGUUUCUCAGAGGACUCUCUCUCUCCUCUCAGCUGGACGAGAAGAAGAAAUUUCGGUUGGGAGAGAUUCGUUGGUAGAAGAAUGCAAGUUUUUGAUAGAAUGACGAUUCCAAUGCGCAGGGUUUGGACAGGUGUUGCCACACGCCUCGGGGUUCGGAAAAGCGGACUAUUGAAACUGAGAAAGGAUGUGAGGUCUUGUGAGUACGAGGAUGUGCAAGUGAUGUGGGAGAUGCUGAGGAGAAACGAAACAGAAGUUCGAUCCCCGAGAAUAUGGAAAAAGAGACCAUUAUCGUGCUUUGGAUGGGCUAGGUGUGCUCCUUUUCUUUGUCGCAGCUUCUGAACCUGCGGUUUUCACUCAGGCUUUCAGUUUUCAUCCUACCAGCCGGGUUAGAAAUGGUUUGAUAAGGAUAUUCAUAGGUCCAACCACAAUAAAGGGGAGAAAGGAGGGAUUGGUUUGUGAGAUUGCCCCUCUUCCUUUUUAUCUCAGCUAUCUGUAGAUAUCAGCUGCCUGCCAAUUGACUGUUCCAUCACUUCCUAUCUCCAUGCUCUAUCUUGUACUAUCUAAUAAUAAAAAAUAUCUACUGUGUGUUUUUCUUGUCUUUAAUAACAUACCGCCAUGUUUGUGGGUAUUAUAUAUAUGGUAUGUGGUAGCUACUCUACCUUAUCUAUGAACUUUUGAAUGAUC